AUGGCGACCCUGCCGGUAGGGGAGGACAAAUGGUUGGAUUACGUCGCUGAGAACAGUCGACACGCCAACGAUCUAGAGAAGCGCGUUCAUGUCAUCGAGCUGUUCAAACAUGCCGUCGAGGCCGAACCCAACAGCGUCAAAGUCUGGCGCGCAUACUGCGAUUACUUUUGGUCCCUUUAUGUCGACAGUCAGUCUUACGAAGCAGGAUGGCCCGACGAGGAACGCCGCAUGGGCUGCGAGCUCUUUUCUCUCAACGCUGCCCUCUCGCUAUGGCAGCAAGGCUACGAGGCCAUCCUAUUCCGAAUCAACGACAGUCACGAACUUUGGAACCGAUGGAUAUCACUGGAAAGUGGGCUGCUCGCACGCUCGCGCACCGCCGAGGGAAUCCGCCGCAUCACGUUCCUCUACACCGAUCGACUGCAGGUUCCACAUGUAACCCGCGACAGUACCAUGCAAGACUUUUCCGAGUUUUUGUCGACCUAUAACAAAGCCGCCUGGGAGGAGACUAUGCAGGGAAUUACUGCAAAUCCAAAAUCACAAGAGGCCAAGAAGUUGACCGAGGAUCGUGACGACUACGAAUUUAAGCUGCGCCAAGCGUCCCGUGAGGGCAAGGACGAAGCUUACCGCAAUCUCCUCAGAGAAUAUCUUGAGUGGGAGUGCGCUCAGAGCAAGAGAAGCAAUAAGCAGGCAGAGGCUACGGGUGACCUCUGCCGGGGACUUUACGCCAGAGCCUUGACCGGCACCUUUGCCUUCGACGAUACCACCUGGAAUGAAUAUGUCCGCUUUCUAUCUACCUCUGGGACAUAUGCACAAUCGCCCCAGGGUAUGGUUGAUGUUUUGCGUCGGGCUGUUGACCACUGCCCGUGGUCAGGGGCCAUUUGGUCGCGCUACAUCUUAACCGCUGAAGACGCCAAGCUCCCCUUCAACGAGAUCGAGCAGAUCAAACACAAGGCGACGAGUAACCCUGAGCUUUAUAAGAAUGGCAUGACGGCGCUCAUCGACAUGUACGCGGCCUGGUGCGGGUUCCUCAAGCGAAAGGCAAUGGAUCUGAAUGCAACCGACGAGGACGUUGAUGUCGCUGAUAUGGGCUUGCGCGCUGCACUUGAAUCUCUUGAGGAGGCCAAACACCGUUACAGCGAUAGCUACAGAGGCGAUCCUAAUUUCCGUCUGGAGCGCAUCUACAUUCAGUAUUUAACCGAGAAGAAACGCAACGUCGACGAAGCGAGAAGCGAGUGGCACAAGCUGGCCGAAAAGCAGCUAUAUGCCGAUAGCUACGACUUCUGGCUGAACUACUACCUUUGGGAAAUGAUGGUGUUUGCCGCCAACGGCAAAGACCGCAGCCCAACACCGUCCACCGCGGCGAUUGGCUUAAGAGUGCCGUCGGUGGCUACGGCUGUCCUCGGAAGGGCCAUCAAGCGUAAGAGCUUAGACUGGCCUGAGAGGGUCAUUGACGUUUACGUCCAGCACUGCAAUGACUACGAGCUCCCCAGUACGGUUCGCAUUGCUAUUGACACGGUCUACGAAUCCCGCAAGGAGGUCGCCAAGCGGCGAGAGAGAGAGGCAGCUCAAGCCGCUGAGUACUAUGCUGCUCAGCAAGAACAGCAAAAUGCCUAUGCAGUUCAAGCGGUGGAUGAUGACGCGUCUUCCAGCUCUAAGAGGAAGCGGGAAGCGGAGACUGAUACAGCCGAUGAUACUACCAACAAACGACCCAGAAGUGAGGCCACAGAGGCCGAGACAGCCUUGAAGAAUCAGAGCCUCAAAAGGGAUCGAGAGAACACAUCAGUUCUCGUUAGCAACCUUCCUGCGGAAACGACCAAGACCAAAAUACGCCAAUACUUCAAAGAGUACGGCCACAUUGUCGACGUUACGGACCCUGCCAUUGACCCUUCAGACAACACCCAGACGGUCAUGGUAGAAUUCAGGACCCCGGAGGAGGCUCAAUCGGCUCUGCUCCGAGACGGGAAAUACUUCGGACCGGCCCAAAUCAACGUCAAACCCGGAACUGAUCUGACCCUCUUCGUCACCAACUACCCGCCCACAGCAGACAAGGCCUACAUCGCAAGCCUCUUCAAGGAUUGCGGCGAGAUACUGAGUAUCAGGAUGCCCAGCUUGAAGGGUAACGUUCGCCGACGCUUCAGCUACGUGACAUUUCGCGAUCGUUCGGCUUCUGCUAAAGCAACUGCAAAGCAUGGUACUCUUCUCGAUGGAAAGUUCAAAUUAUCGGCCAUGUACUCUGAUCCGUCCCGUGCGAAGAAGCGUGAUGGCGCCAUCGAGGAAGGCAGAGAACUUCACGUCACCAAUCUCGACCCUGCGGCCAGCGAGGAUGACGUCCAUAAGGUUUUCGAGAAAUACGGAACUGUGAAGCGCGUCAGCAUCCCGAAAAACAUGGCAGGUAAAGGCCAUGGAGCAGCCUAUGUUGAAAUGGGAACCAAGGAGGAGGCCGAGAAGGCUGCUUCUGGGCUGAACAACGUCAACUUCCGCGGCAACGUCAUCGCCGUACAAGUGUCAACACCCAGCAUCUACAAGAGGUCAGCGGCUGUUUCGAAAGAGGGCGCAUCUCCGGCGCCAAGUCGAGACGAUGACGGAGACGCGACGAUGGGAGACAGCAACGGUGAUGCCACUGGCCCCCAAGGUGGGCCAAGUCGCGCCGAGAUCGCCUCACGGACCAUCGCCCUUCUAGAUAUCCCAGACACUGUCAACGACGCGCGGGUGAAGGAAAUUGUUGAGAAGGUGGGGGGCUUCAAGAGCUUCGUUCUCCAGCCUAGUCAUGGUGGCGCCAAGAUCGAGUUCGAAGACGAACCAAGUGCCGGUCGCGCCAUGCUCCAGCUCGACGGCUAUGUUUUAGAUGGUCGCAAGUUGCGAACCGGAUCUGUUGAGGAGCUGAAACGGGCAAAAGGAGAAUUCCGGACAGAAAAGAUUGUGUACGGUACUGGCGGCAAGAAGCAGACUGACAAGACUGCGGCACCAAAGAAGGCUGGAACCGGCCCUGCCUUUAUCCCUCCUUCCACGGCUGUCAAGCGGCCAGUCUUGGGCGGUGCCAAGAGGGGAGGAUUGGGUUUUAUGCCCAAGGCUUUGAGCGUGAGAGAGGGUGGCCCUGCCGCAAAUCCACAACCAGAAUCCAAAGUCAAUGGCGCUGGUGUGGAAACAGAGACUCGGAAACCGAUGAAGAGCAAUGCCGACUUCAAGGCUCUGCUUAUGUCUACAACUACUACAACUAAUGCGCCCAAGGACGGAGAAAGUGUGGGGGAAAAUGGCAGUGGUCCGGUCGUGGAAGACCGUCAAUAA